CCAACAAUGGGUGGUCGUCAUGCCAAAGCCAUGGCAAGCGUUAAUUCCAGAGCACAGCCUCUUUCCAAAGGCAGGGCCUGUCGAGGAGAUCCUGACGAACACCGCCAAGAUCCCCCCAAACUUUGAGCCCGCGGAUGUGAAGUACCGGGACUUCGAAGGGGUGGAGAAGGAAGAACUUCCGGAGAGGCUGCUGAGACAGCACGGCAUUGAGCCAGAAAAACAAGUUGCUUGGCGUUGCAUCCCCAUGGAGGAGCUGAACCCCUCGGGCAGCGACAUCGCCUCCCGCGCCGGCGCCGCGCCAGUGGGUCUGGCUAUGUCGCCGUCGGGGCUGGUGUGGAGGAUCCCAGCGGAGCCCCCCACCUAUGAGAACAUCGAGGCAACCGACCCCGCUGCCGGACUAUGUCAUCCUCGUCAUCCAUGCAAAGACAUGGCCAAGAAGAUUCUGAAGGACCCUGCCGGCAUUCCCUACUGGGUGAUCACUUCACAAGGAGGGAAGCCGGAUGAGGAGAUGGAUUCAGGGCCCGUGAGCCAAAAUCAGGGGGUCAUGAUGAGCUGCCAGCCCAAUGGACGAACGGAGCGGUACCCCCACCCGCCCAAGCAGCCAGAGAUGGAGAUUUUUACACCGGGCCUUGGCGCAAUUCCCAAGUUCCUCAAAGGUGCAGGUGCUUCGCUGUUGGGCCUGGCCUGUUGAAAAACCAAUAUGGGGAUGGGUGAAAAUGCAAGGCCGGACCACAGAUUUGAUAUAAUAUAUAUAUAUAUAGAGUCUAUUUUAACUUUUUAACAUUGACAGUCAAUUAUUGGGGUACCCAAUUUGACCCAUACCCUAUGGAAAGCCGGCGCCAGGCGCUCAAUUUCUGUGAGCCGCCUGUGGACCUUGUUGGGCUGUGAGACAAAAA